AUGAAUGUACCGAAUAUGGACAUUAUCAGGGGCAUCGUUACCCAAAGCGGAGUACCGUUGGGCAAGCUGACCACCGCCACCAUGGCCAACAACGGUGACAUUCGUGAGGCUUGGAUACUUGCUCUUGUCCGAGUGAAUCUUGACCAGGCCGUCUAUGACGUCGAAGGAGGUAAGAUCCUUCGUGAUAAAACCGGGAAUCUCCUCGUCGCCAUUCGCGUUAACAUUAAACGAGGUGAACUCAGAACCAUCUGCAGUCGAUUGGGUCGGGCCUACCGCAUUCUGUCCGCUGUCAUCUUCCUCGACCAUAGCAGCGGCCUCCGCAGAAUAAAUAUCCUGUUCGUCUGA